AUGAUCGUCUGCUUGGGCGAAGAUCAGAGAAUGCGGGUGAUGGACGUUUAACUCAACCCUCGGAGUCUCUCUCUCUCUCUCUCGGUUAUACACAGGCCUUCCUUGACCUGUCUGUGAUCCAACAGAUCCCCUCCAUCCACGUCGAUACCCAGCUCGGCUACCCGUCUUCCUCCCUCGUCAUACCUAACGUGGUGGAAUGCGGGAUGAAAUUAGUCCUUAGCCCCCCCCACCGUCUGAUGCGGUGGAACGCGAUGUCCGCCCUGCGACGGGAUAUCUACGGUCAGACGGCGAUGGUAAUACAGGGUAACACGAACACGUAUUUGGAGUCCAAGCACGAGCUGGAGCCGCCUCUGUGGGCGAGCAAGAUCCGUUUUCUGCCCUACAGCCAUCACACGCGGACGGUUUGCAUGCGGGUCGAGCUCUACGGAUGUUACUGGAGCGAUGGCGUGGUAUCCUAUUCGAUGCCCCAAGGUGAUAAAAGAGGUAAUGGAUGGGAAUUCUUCGACGCCACCUACGACGGACACUGGGACGGGGAGCUGCGGCGUGGUUUAGGUCAGUUGACAGACGGCAGGACCGGUCCUGAUAACUUUAAACUGGGAUACUACGAUAAUGAUCGCACGCAAGGAUGGGUCGGCUGGAGGAACGACACGCGUGGACAACCGGUCGAGAUUAAAUUCGAAUUCGACAAGGUUAGAGAGUUCUCGGCCAUUCACAUCUACUGCAACAAUCAGUUCACCAAGGAUGUUCAGGUGAGUGUUUGACUGUUCGUUGGAUCCUUUCAUUGAAAUAUUUACUUAUUAUAGAGAAAGAUCUAACAAAAAGUCAUCCAUUUUUUUUUUGUACUAUCAACAUCUUUUAACAUCGAUUUAGUAGAAAGUAUGUUCGUAGAAAAGUUCUUGUAGAAUAUUAAAGUUCGAUCUUGGUGAAAGAAGAAGGAAACGAAAACACAGUCGAUUUUAUAAAAUAAAUUCAAUCUGUUACGUAAAAUCGGAUUUUAGAUAUAAUGUAAAGAGUGAUUGGAUUGCGGUAUAACAUUUUAUUUGAAAUCAUUUGUUGUAAUCAUAAUAUUCUUGUUUCUCGGGAAAGUGCGAAGGAACUAGCAACUUUUUAAUUCAGAUUAAUAAAUUCUCCAAAAUUAUAGUUAUGAGAAAGGAUUCCAAGGAUUUUUUUCGUAACUACUUCUCCUUUUAGAUUAUACAAUUUUAUGAAAUUUUCCAGAAUUAAGUCUCUAGAUAGUCUCUUUUCUUUUUAAACCCACACAAAUCCUCUCAUAUCUUCCGUAAAAUAUUUAUCAUUCUAAUGUUUUGUAUCUGGCGUUAUUUCACUGUUCGCCUCAAUUAUUUCCAAGUUACUUCAAGAUGGCAAUUUAAUCGUUACGAAAGAAAUCGAACUUCCGACGCGACGUGAAUCUUCAACGAAAUUCCGUAAUUUCGUAAAAGCACUGGAGAAAAACAUCAUUCGUACGAUAUUAAAGUCAAGUAUAUCUUGUAAUUUUUAUUUUGUAUUUUCAGAUUUAUUUCAAACUUGAUCAACAUAAUCAUAAUAAUUGA